GGUGAUGGCAUUGGCCACCCAGUGCCCACCAACCCCCCUCCUAUCGCACCCAGAGCCCCCGCCUCUGUCCACCAUGCCUGCUCCCCGUGAGGUGAACUGGCAGGUCUCCCUGGUGCUCCCAGUGGCCCCACCCUGUCAUGGCGUGGAGGGACCCCUCCAGGACACACUCAACGUUCUUGAGGCUGACCCCAAGCAUCUCCUUGCUUGAGGGGGUUGCACUUCUGUGUCCCUCGCCCAAGCCAGCAGCCCCGGUGAACCAGGGCCGUCCGGGAAGCCGGGCGGACGCACCCUUAGCCUGGGUCACACAGGGUUUGCGUGGCGCCCCCUGGAGAGAUUGCUUUGCACGAGGAGCUGCCCACGGGCCUUUGGGUCUCCCUGUGUGAAGCCAGGCCACACGGGGUGCCCGGAACUGCCUUGCUGAAGACCGAGCACCCAUUCACCUUGCCACCCUGUCCCUGCCCCGCGCCCAUGCAGGAACAGGCCCCUUGGCCAAAUCUUCCAUCUCCCUCACUGGCUUCCCACAGAAGCAGACAGCUGCUGGGCAGACACGUUUGUGGCCCCCAGUGUGUGGGGGGGGUCCUAGCAUUCAGGUUGCGUCUGCCUGCUGGCCGGCGUGGAAUCUGACUGUGGGUGUGAGCCCCAGCAUCCCCAGGGGGAGGAAGCCCGCACAUGCAGGUGGCAUCGUGUGUGUUUUGCCAUCUUGGAGUGGGACACGUUUGUGCUGUAGCCUGCACUCCUUGGCUGCAGGCCACAGUGGGGAGCCCGUGGGCAAGGUCCCACCAGCCCAGCGUCUCGGGGAACAGGUCCUAGCUCUGCCUUUUUCUGCUGUGACAAUAAAACCUCCCACCUGUUAGGAGUGCGCCCCUCUGCCUUCCCAUCGCUACAUGGGCGGUAGGCCUGAGGAGGCCCCCCACCUUCAUCCGAACUUUGGUGGGGGUGCGGUGAGGUUCCCUUUCUCCUGGGGUCAUGGGGCAGCUGGCCCCCAUUGUUUGUCCUGAGGUGUUUGACCCCUGUUUCUUGUUUGAUGCCAAGCUGGGGGGCACCCCAUCCCCUGAAGCAGGACUCGCUGCAGGUCUGAUGCCUUGAAGGUGUCCUGGCAUGGGCGGAUGGACCCAGGGCCACUUGCUGUCUGGUUUUGGCCUUGCCCUGGUAUGGGGGACAGGGCCGAGGGCAGGGACGCAGUCCUCCCUGGGGCAGGAGGGAGCUGCCCUGGCUCUGGUGAGUAUGUCGCCUGAAACCUGUUGGCUCCACGCAGGGCAGAGGCCCCGCCUGACUGGCUUUCCCCCUCCUGCAGCUCUAGGACCCUUGGGUGGGCACCUGUGUGCCUGGCAUCCUGGCUUUGUAGGGAAGGGCUGCAAUCCGGAGAGGUCAGCCUCCACUAAAGGGGAGCCCUGCAGGGCCCCUGUGGCUUCCUUGGUGCCUCUCUGGUCUGAGGCAGGCGGGGAGAGGCCCGAGGGGAUGCGAGCAGUGCAGGGACCCCGCAGAGGCCCAGAAGCCCCCGAGGAGAGUGUGCCCACACCUGCCCCCAGGCCCCUGGAGCCUGCUGAGAGCGGCCUCCACCACCUGUCUUUCUGGGGCUGCCUCCCCAGUCAGCAGAUGCCACCUCUCUGCUUGGGGCUCUGGCCAGCCCACUGGGCGGUGGUGGCCACGUCACAGGCCUCGUGUGGCAACUGUCACCCUCUGUGCUGGGUUGCCUCUUCCUCUCCUGAGGGCAGCGCCGGUUACUCCAGCCACUUGCUGCCACCGAGGGAUGCCGCUCCCACCCUCCCGGGAACAGCCUUAAUCGGUGGGCUCUCUUGUCCCCAGCCCAGGUCUCUGACCGCCUCUGCCACGCUGACCCGGGCAGAGCCCUGAGGCCGGACCUCAGGUCGCCCCAAGAAGUGGACGUUUCCUUUUCAGUUUCAGCCACUUCCCACUCAGGUUCUCAGGGUUGCUGGAAGAGAGCAGCCUCCCGCCCAUCACAGGAGAUGAGCUCAGAGAGGGAUGGUGACUAGUUGAAGGCCACACAGCAGGCAGGUCUGAGCCCCACAGUGCGCUCCCUGCCACCCCCCCACCCCGUGAAUGAAAGCUUCCUACUUUGACGUGUUUCAGAUGCACGGAAACCGCACACUGUACUGUUCAGCGCCCUGACCCACAUUCCCCUUUGGUCACAUUUUGCCACAUUUGCUUUUUUAUAUUUCUUUUUUUUUUUUUUUAAGAUUUUAUUUAUUUAUUUGAGAGAGAGAGAAUGAGAGACAGAGCAUGAGAGGGAGGAGGGUCAGAGGGAGAAGCAGACUCCCCGCCGAGCAGGGAGCCCGAUGCGGGACUCGAUCCCGGGACUCCAGGAUCAUGACCUGAGCCGAAGGCAGUCGCUUGACCAACUGAGCCACCCAGGCGCCCUGCUUUUUUAUAUUUCUGCUCUACUUUUUCCUGAACCGUCUGAUCAUCAGUUGCCCCUGAUUCUACCCCUAACAUGUUCUGUUCUGAAGGACGGACUGAGCAGUCACGGCACAGUGAGGGGAAUUGGGGUAGUGUGGGUGGGCCCCCUUGCCGGGUGCCCCAAUGAGCUCUGCGGCAGCCUCUCGGCAGGUGGCCUGUCCUGGCCACAGCCUGGUGCCAGCCUCUCACGACAUGGGCGUGGAAGAUACAGCCAGUCACUCGGUAGGAUGUCCCUCUGUGGGGCUCAUCUGAUGAUUCUCACCAAGAGAUUCAGCACGUGUGCUCUUGGCACAAAGAACACGUAAAUGCCACUGCUGUGUCCUUUCUAGGGCGUCACCUUGAGAGGCACACAGUGUCUAUUUGUCUAUCCUGGUGAUGUCCACUUGAUCACCAGGUUCUCCUCUGCAAAGCCACUAACCCUUUAAUAAGUAAUUUAUACAGAGGUAUUUGCGACCGUGUGAAUGUCUGCCAUUCCCCAUGCUCUGGUCCACUAGCUGCAGCAUCCACCCUUGGUUCUUGCUGGACGCACACAGAGAGGUUUCUGGGUUCCUCCACUUGUGGGGUUUCAUGGGAACGGGCCUCUCCCUGGCACCAGUUUUGAGCUUGGCGCCAGGUAACUGAAACUUUCAUGGGUGCUCCCAGAGAGCUUGGGCACAGAGCUUUGGGGCCAAGGUCUGUUUGCCCUAAGGGGUAAACCCCGGACCCUUCUUGGAGAGCAGGGCUUGGGGUCCAGCAUAGAGGGCAGUGGGUAUCGUGGAAGGGAGGGCAAAGACCACUUCAGACUACUUCCUUUGUUCCCCUGCUCCCUGCCUGGACAGGAGCCGGGUCUGGAGGCCUGGCUUCCAUCCUUGCCCAGAGCCAACCCAGUGUGGCAGCUGCAGGGGAGACUGGCGGGGGCGGUUCUUUACUAGACACUUCCUGGGUCUUGUGGGCCAGGGGUACCCAGAAUUACCCUUGACCAUCUAAUAUGUGGGCACCUCAGCAGGGCUAGCCCAGGACUUGCAAGCAGGGGGCUGUUCUGGGCUGCUUCAUUGUUAGCCCGAGGUCCCUCAGUGGCAGGGAUGCAGUCCUGUCCCUUCCUCAGACCCUAGGACCGGGCCUGGCACUUACUGGGUCUCAGAAUGGCUUUGCAGAAGGGCAUGCCUCUUUGUGGAAGGCCGGCUCCUCUGUCCACAAGGCCUCCUGGAUACCAGGGAGUGGCACCCCUCGGGCCACCCCCAUCCCCUGGACUGGCCCUGCUGCCCCAGACCCUGUGGCUUCCUUGGUGCCUCUCUGGUUUGAGUCAGGGAGGGGAGAGGCCCGAGGGGAUGUGAGCAGUGCAGGGACCCAACGGAGGACCAGAAGCCCACUCUGCCCCCAGGAUCACACCCCUGCACAGGCCCCCAACCUACAAAGUAGUGAUGGUCGCACCUGCUGCACAGGCUGUGUUGGGAAAGGCUCAGUCAGAAAACAUAGGUGCUGAGCCCAAUUCCUCUCUUUGUCCUGGAUGAUGGGAGAGCCGGCAGUGGGGCCUAAAGCCGUUGGAGUCCCUUCAGGGGAAGUCCUGAGAGGGGUGAAGGACGCUUUUAAUUUAAGUUCUCUGGAAAGGGGAUGAUAAUAGCUUCUCACCUGUCACUCCUUCACCCCAGGGAACCCCCAGGCAGCCUCAGAAACCAAGAAGGAAAUUAUUAACCUCACAGUGCUUCCGGUCCCUGGACAAGGGUCUUGGUCCUUCAGAGCAGGGAGUAGGCGGUGCUGGGACAGAGGCUACAGUGAGCUCUGCAGGAGAGGUCCAGCCCCAUCACCCCUGAGGACCUUCCCUGACCUGCAGGGUUGAGGCGUGGGGGCGGGGGGGGGGGGGCAGGUGGAAGCCAAGUGUGAGCUGCCAGCCCCCUUGUUCUGUGCCCGUCAGUACUCAGUCUCUGGCCCCUCUGGGGAUUGGGCCCCCCGCCUCCCAACAAGACCCUGCCCCCUGGCUGUUUCUGUAACAUCUGUGUUGUGGGUGGAUGUGCCUUUCUGUAAAUGCUGGACGUGCAUGUGCUGUAACCCAGCAUCCGGGGAAUGGUCAUUGUCCCGGGGGAGGACAUGGCCUAAGCAAAUGUACAAGCAGGGCCGUCAGGGCUCCUCUGUGGAUUAUGAAUGAGCCAAGAGGCCCUGCCCAUCCCCGGCCAGCCUCUGUUCUCCUGUGUCCCGGCUCUAUGCUGCCCUGGAGGACAAGAGGAGAGCCGCUCCCUGAAGGCAGGUGAGGAAGGCCCAGGUGCUGCUCACCCAGCAGAGGGACCAGGUCAUCAGGAAGCUCCCCAGGCACCAGGCCAAAAUGAACCGGCAGUGUGCACAUGGGCUCACUUCCCAGUAAAGGCUGUCUGCAGCUUGGGGGUGGGGUCAGUCCGUGUGGGGCCACUCCUGCUAGGGUCUGCUGUCUGAAAGCCACCUGCUGCUGGAGCUAUGGCCCAGGUUCAGUGACCCCUUGGGAAGAAAGUUCUUGCAACUGGUUCCUUACCUGCUGAGAAGACAUGCUAGCCGGGCUGUCCUCAGUGCGGCACAGUGGGUCAUGGUCAUCAUGGUGACAUGCUCCCUCUGCACAGGUCUGCUUUGUAGACAGCCCUACCUGGUCUGGUAAGGGCUGUUUGACAACUAAUUCUUUAUUAUUCUUAACAGCUUUAUUUUUAUUUUUAAAAAAUAUUUUAUUUAUUUAUCAGAGAGAGCACAAGCAGGGGGAGUGGGAGAGGGAGAAGCAGGCUCCCAGAUGAGCAGGGAGCCCGAUGCGGGGUUCGAUGCCAGGACCCUGGGACCACAACCUGAGCCGAAGGCAGACGCUUAACCGACUGAGCCACUCAGGUGCCCCGAUUAACAGCUUUAUUGAGGCAUAUUCAUCCAUUUUGUGUGCACAAUUCAGUGAUUUUUGUUUUACAGUGAAAAAAGGUGCUUUUAUUAUAACACGGGGACAGGACCCGUGGGCAGAAAGAGUUGCCAAUUCAAUGAUUUUUAGUAACUUUACCAAGUAGUAUGACUAUCACGAGCUUCACAUCACCCCAAAAAGAAACCCUGUACCCAAUAAGCAGUCACUCACCAUUUCCCCCUUCCCUGGGGCCCUGGUGACCACUAAUCUGCUUUAUGGAUUUGCCUGUUCUGGGCAUUUCCUAUAAUUGGAAUGCGGCACAGAUCAGUACUUUAUUCCUUUUUAUGGAUGAAUACGUCCAUUGUGUGGCUAGGCUACAUUUUGUUCACCCAUUGAUCUGCUGAUGGAUGUCUGGGUUGUUUCCACCUUUUGGCCACUGCGGAUAGUGCUGCCAUGAAGAGUCCGGUACAAGAGUUUGUGUGGAUGUGAAUUUUCUUUUCUCUAGAAGCUGAACGACUGCACUGUAUGGUAUUUUUAUACCUAACUUUUUGAGUCACCCGCUAUUAGGUGUCAUAUAUAUGUUCUCAUAAACAAAUGUUAUCAAUGAGGAGAAAGUCACUCUUGAUCCCCAACCCCAGAGCAAAUGACGCUGUCCGUCCGCUGAGCAUACGUCCAGACCUCUUCCUAUGCGCUCAUCGUUUCUCUAUACCUAAAACCUUCAGUAAAAUGAAUUUUUAGAAGCGUAAAUACUGAAAUCAUCCUGGAUAAAGCAUGCUGUCAUCUGCGUUCUUCUCGUCUCGCGUCCGUAUAGGGCUGCACGAACCCGGCUGAUCCAACAGCUCCUUACCAUUGGACCGGGCUGAAUUACCAGCCUGGACCACCGCGCUCCGAGAGGGCUGUUCCCGCGGGCUGGCCCGCAGCGAUGCUGCCGAUCAGAUGGGUGGAAAGGGUAUUAUUUCGAUUUCCCAUUUUGCAGAGUGGAAGUGCGUCUUCACACGCGUUCCCAGGUCCUUCAUACUUCUUUGCCCAUUCAUCCUGUAAACAACUGCGGAGUCACCUCCUCCUGGAGUCCCACGCCCUGCCCCUGACGGGACCCCUACCCCGCCUGACCUGCUCGGACCCGGGGGGCCGCGUGGCUCCGGCCACGAGCCCCUGGGGGUAGAGCCCUUGCAGCCAUCCGCCCUGGCGUCCAAGAGCAGGCGCCCAGGGCGCAGCCGAGGUUCGAGAACAUUGGGCCUGGGCGACCAGGCGCCGUAAGCUAGGGGCCCAUGGCCCAGGCAGCCGCCCACUCCCGCCCGCUCCCGGGAUAGCUCUGAGCGUCGCCCCGGCGGCCCCGCCCCCGCCGAAGCGGAAGUCCCGCCUCCCCGGGCCUCUCCGAGCGCUGAUUGGCCAGCCUCGGCCCGCCACGCCCAGUCCCCGCCCCACCGCGGGGAGGGCGGCUCCCGGGAGCGCAGUUCCAGGGGGCCUCGCCACCCUCGCGGGGGUGUCUGCGGGAGCAGCGGCUGCACCUUGCUAGGGGCUUUCGUUCUCCGGGACACAGCCGUGUCACCUCAGCCCGGGACCGUCACCAUCCUGCUCCCGCCCGCGGGAGGGGGCGUAUGCAAACAACCUGAAGCCCCAAGCUCCUGAUUGGUCGGUCCGAGGCCUCCUCCCCGCCCUGCUCCCGCGGCCAGCGCCGUGGGCAUGCGGGCGCGGCUUGCGCGCGCGUGAGGAUGGGGACGCAGGGCAGCCCGGUCAAGAGCUACGACUACCUGCUCAAGUUCCUGCUGGUGGGCGACAGCGACGUGGGCAAGGGCGAGAUCCUGGAGAGCCUGCAGGACGGCGCGGCCGAGUCCCCGUACGCCUACAGCAACGGAAUCGACUAUAAGACGACCACCAUCCUGCUGGAUGGACGGCGGGUCAAGCUGGAACUCUGGGACACCUCGGGCCAAGGCAGGUUUUGCACCAUCUUCAGGUCCUACUCCAGGGGCGCACAGGCGGCCCCAGGCCUCUCGACGCCUGCGUCUCCCUUGCAGGGGAUCCUCCUGGUAUAUGACAUCACCAACCGCUGGUCCUUUGAUGGCAUCGACCGGUGGAUCAAGGAGAUCGAUGAGCAUGCACCUGGGGUUCCCCGGAUCCUGGUUGGGAACCGGCUGCACCUGGCCUUCAAGCGGCAAGUUCCAACAGAGCAGGCGCGUGCCUACGCGGAGAAGAAUGGCAUGACCUUCUUUGAGGUCAGCCCACUGUGCAACUUCAAUGUCAUCGAGUCCUUCACCGAGCUGUCCCGCAUCGUGCUCAUGAGGCAUGGCAUGGAGAAGAUUUGGAGGCCCAACCGAGUGUUCAGCCUGCAGGACCUCUGCUGUCGGGCCAUUGUCUCCUGCACCCCCGUGCACCUCAUCGACAAGCUCCCGCUGCCUGUCACCAUCAAGAGCCAUCUCAAGUCCUUCUCGAUGGCCAAUGGCAUGAACGCCGUCAUGAUGCACGGGCGCUCCUACUCGCUGGCCAGUGGGGCAGGGGGCAGCAGCAACAAGGGCAACAGCCUCAAGAGGUCCAAGUCCAUCCGCCCUCCCCAGAGCCCGCCCCAGAACUGCUCAAGGAGCAACUGCAAGAUCUCCUAGCGGGCAGGCUGGGCACCACCCUGUCCAGUGCGCUCUGGGAGGGCUCGUGCUUGGGGAACGCUUCUGGCCGGGCGCUGGGCCUGGCGCCGUGUGCAGGGAAGGCUUUGGCCACACUGCCUCCCGGGAAGCGUGGGGGCACACGGCUCAGGCAGUGGUCUUCCGCCAGACAAGUUCCGUGGGACCGGAGAGAGCUGCGGGGGGUCUCGGGGGAGCAAGCUCGGGACCCCGCAGUGCGGUGCGGCUGGGAAGUGCCCAGGAGGCGGCUCUGCCUGGCUCCAGCCUCAAGGGGGUGCUGUCUCUGAGGACCCGGGAGGCCUGGCUCCCUUUCUUAUUUAUAUGGAAGAUGUUCACCUUUUUGUACAUUUUUAAAGGACGGGCAGGGCAGCCUCCACGCAGCCGCAUGGUGAGCCCCCGUCAGCAGUGGGUUCAGGCUUUGGGACAUUUGGAGAGGGGGAGGGGAUUUGAGGCAAAGAUGAGGAAUCCCGGUCAGGGCUUCAACCUUUGAAUUCAGAUACUUCAUGCGGGGUGUGGGCUGUGCAGCAGCAGGGGGGGACACGUGGAAGCUCUGGGCAGUGCACUUGGGCCCAUGGCUGCCUCCACCAGCCUUUGUGAACACGGGGGUUGGUGUGUGCCCCGAGAUGAUUGAGCGGCGGCUCCGGCCCCCAGCGGUCGGCGUGGUGUGGCUGCAGCUUCCUGGGCUCCCACCGGCCCUCCUAGACAACAUCCUGUGCAGCUCGGAUGGGCAAGGGCUCUGUUCCCCAGUGGACUGCUGGUGUUUCUCAGACAUUCCUGUGUCUCAGAGGAAGAUGCAGAAGACACUCAGUGGGUGUACACCCAUCCGCCCGCUCGUGUCCCGGGGCACCUGGACUCUGUCCUCACCAGCUUCUGUUCGCUGGCCUCGGGUGUGACCCCACACCCGCUUCUUGCCUGGCGUCGGCUCUCAUGGUUGCACGUCACCAAAACCGUUCUGACGCAUCUCUUAGUGAUGCUGCCUGGACUGGUCCCAGCGGUGGACCCCGAGCCUCUCCUGGAGACCCCACCAGCCAGCCCUGAGCAGGAGGCCUCGCCUCCUCCUGCCGCCUGCUGGCGACUUGGCCGCCGGUCACACUGGUGCUCAGCUCUACCUCCUCCUCACGGCCCUGCCGUGGGCUCUGGGACUCUACGUGCUGUGUGUCUGGGAGGCAGGGCGGGGCCGCGGCCUGCGUGUGCGGGGCGUCUGGGGUCCCUGAUGAGGCCUGGCCUCAGCAGGCUCAGGCAGGGGAGGCCACACCCAUCCUGCCUUACCUGCGGGGUUGCGGGGGGGGGGGGGCUUUCUUUGGACUUUGAACCCAGUCACACAGACUUUGUUUUGAGGACGUGGACAGUCCUACGUUCACUUUAUGAACACUACCCUUUGCUGCUGUCUGACACGCCAUUCCUGUGCUCAGUUUGGACGGUUUUCCUUUCUUUGUACAGUAAACGUGAUUCAGCUCUGA